AUGGGAGAGAGAACACCCAGUUCCUUAACAGGAAAUCAUACUUUUGAUAUACUCGUUUCAACUGCACUGGCUCUAAGAAUAACCAUUAGUAUGGCGAUAGCCACAAUGUGUUCUGCACAGGCUAUAUUCGAGAUACGCUAUCAACGUCAAAACCUAACGAAUCUACUUAAUCCUAGAUUUAUGACAUUACAGGGUUUAAUUUUUUUUAACCUGUUCAGAUUAUUAUAUGCAGUAUUUCAAUUUAAAACAAAUUCAGAUGCUACCGGUUCAAUUUGUGAUUAUUUGGGUAUGACUGCACUCUUUUUUGAAAUGUGUGCAUGGGGAAUGAUUGGUAGUUAUUGUAAGUAA